AUGGGGAGAGCUCUAGUGCUCGCCGUCGUCGUCGCCCUGUCAGCCUUUGCCGUGGCCGCUAGCUUUCCCUUCACGGAGGACGACCUGGCCACUGAGGAGAGACUGUGGGGCCUGUACGAGAGAUGGCAGAGCUACCACGGCGUGGCCCGAAGCCCCGACGAGAAGCGCGUGCGCGUCCAUGCGUUCGAGGCCAACGCCAAGCACGUGCUGGAGUCGAACAGGAUGGCCAAGCCUUACAAGCUCGGGCUCAACAAGUUCGGGGACAUGACGAGGGAGGAGUUCAAGGAGACCUACACGGGGCUGAGGCUCAUCGGAGGCGUUCGCAGCCGCCGUGACCGCGGCUUCAUGUAUGAGAAUGCCACCGAUGUGCCUCCGGCCAUGGAUUGGAGGCAGAAGGGAGCAGUCACCGGCAUCAAGGAUCAAGGCCAAUGCGGGAGUUGUUGGGCUUUUUCGGCGGUCGUCGGCGUGGAAGGCAUCAACCAGAUCCGAACCAACAAACUCAUCUCCCUUUCCGAGCAAGAGCUCGUCGACUGUGACACCAAGACUAACCAAGGAUGCAACGGAGGACUCAUGGACGAUGCCUUCAAUUUCAUAGAGAAAAACGGAGGAAUAACGACCGAAGAGAAUUACCCCUACGUCGGCCAACAAAGAAAAUGCAACACCCUCCAGGAGAAAUCUCACGUGGUUUCCAUCGACGGGCACGAGGACGUGCCUCGCAACAGCGAGGACGCUCUGCUGAAAGCAGCAGCGCAUCAGCCCGUUUCAGUGGCAAUAGAAGCAGCAGGCCAAGAUUUCCAGUUCUACUCCCAGGGUGUUUUCACGGGGAGCUGUGGGACAGAACUGGACCAUGGAGUUGCAGUAGUAGGGUAUGGAGUGUCUCAAGAUGGGCUCAGGUACUGGACAGUGAAGAACUCGUGGGGAGAGCAGUGGGGUGAAGAAGGGUACGUGAGGAUGCAGCGAGGGAUCUCGGACAGUGCCGGACUGUGCGGUAUUGCGAUGCAGGCAUCGUACCCGGUCAAGACUGCUACGUCUCCCAACCCGGCCGUGGAGAAGGAACUGCGUGCCUGA